GUGGCGUUAUACUAAACGUGCUGCUCAGCUUCUGCGAGUAGUUUUCGACUUCCAUUUGCAAGGUCACUUACACUCUUUUUUGUCCAUUGCUAGUGGAUUGCUUUUCUUGUCGCUCCUUAAACUCCCUGAGCUUCGCCGAAUCUUGCCUGAAAUCGAAGCCACCGCAACAUGAUAUUUUGUGAUAACAUCUAGCCACACAUCGUUCCUAAUAUCAUCUGGCAGCAAUGGCGUUCCAAUUCAGCAAUAAUCCGGAGAGCAAUGAGACCACCAACAAUCCGGCGCCGCAUGUUUUAGGGCUUCCGCGCCCUCCGUCUGUCGGCGGCAUUUCGUCACGAGUUACGGAUAUGUCGGAGGAUGGGGAUCAGUCGCAAACAAAUACCAUGUCAUCACAUGUACCGCACCGGCAUUCCGUAUCACGAAGAGGACCUCCACCGGCAAGGAGUUCCAUUGCGUCUACCAGCCAAAUAACGAACCGACCCGGAAGUUCCGCGAGCAGGUUAAGCCGCACCCAUAUUCCAUCGCUAGCUGCGUCGGGCUUCUUCCGGCCCAUGUCAUCGCAACGUCUGCAAGCACAUCGUGGACGUCCUGCAACAAAUCACACAGUCUCAACAGAGGAUUGGGGUGAUCAAAUGAACCAGAACAGGCGGAGUCUGAUUUCAAACAGCACGUUUCCGAACUCCCUCUCAGCCGCCGAUCAGGAGGUUCCCCCGUCGCGUGGCACAGAAUUCACCGACCCUAUUAUCCCUGAUCGGAUUCAUUCGAACGCUAGCCCUACCGCGAAUACGACGACAGUGAGAAGUGAAAGUGCGAAUUUGAUACGCGACAGAGAACGGCCCCCGCACCUCAAUCUAAAAGUGGACUACAAAGGCACGAACGAAAACGAGACGCCUGAAAGAUCACCCCUUUCGUUCCUUUCGCUGCAGAACAGGAACGCGCCUGCAGAUAAUCGGGAUAGCCGAGCGCAUGCACGGUUAUCGUCUGCUGACUCGUCUCCGCAAUCAAUUGAAAAGAAGCCCGAGUUGGCGAAGAGUCGCAACAAGGGCAGGAAUUACGAAUAUUUUCCGUCUAGGGGUCCUUGGCUAUGGCACAACAUCUCUCCAGCUAUUCCGGUUCUCUUUGCCUAUGUCUUCUACCUAUGCUUCUCCUCAUUUAUACAUGCGUCAGUGGUUGAUCCCGGGGUCAUUCCGCGCAAUCUGCAUCAGAUGCCUCCUGUCGAUCCCUCUCAGGAUCCUCUCGCCAUAGGGCCACCGACGAACGACUGGGUAAUGGUGAAGCUUGCAACCUCUGAUGUUGCUGCCAUGGACGUUCCCGUCAAAUACUGCAAGACGUGCUCUAUUUGGCGCCCUCCGCGGUGCUACCAUUGUCGCGUCUGCGAUAACUGCAUUGAGACCCUGGACCACCAUUGUGUCUGGUUGAACAACUGUGUCGGCCGCCGAAACUAUCGAUACUUCUUCGCUUUCGUCAGCACUUCCACUCUACUUGCCCUCUUCUUACUCGGUGCUAGCCUAGCGCACAUUCUGGUGUACCGGUCACGUGAAGGUAUCAGCUUCAGCGACGCCAUUGAUAAGUGGAGGGUACCUUUCGCUAUGGUCAUUUACGGAGCUCUAGCAGCGCCUUAUCCGGCGUCAUUGUGGGCGUACCAUCUCUUCCUGGUGGGCCGCGGCGAAACCACCCGUGAGUACCUUAAUUCGCAUAAGUUCGCCAAAGCCGAUCGCCAUCGUCCUUUUACGCAAGGAAACGUGAUCCGAAACUGGAUCGCUGUUUUUGGUCGACCCCGACCGCCAACCUACAUGCAAUUUAAAGAAUAUUACCAAGAAGGAGACCAGCGACUGAGCACGGUGAAACGGAGAUUCCUCCCGCGCAAUACAGAACCUCAGAACGACAUCGAAAUGCAGCAUGUGCCUCCUCCUAACUCAGCCUGA